CUCGAUUCCGAUGUCUUCCUAUAGCGAACACUCGUGCUCGAGUUGCGACUCCGAUGCCGAGUCGGUAUCUUCAUCGGUCCUCUACGUCGAGCAGGAACCAUUCGUCACGUUUAGAAAUCGAGUCCUUGACUUGGCUCUUCACAAAAUCUGGCCCGAUGCGACAGCGGAUGAGAUCACUAUAGAGCGUAUGAUCGGAGGUGGAUUUAAUCGCAUCAUCGGCCUGUCUCGGCAUACGGCUCAACAACCCGAUAAUGAUAUCCGAUACAUUCUGCGCAUUCCCCGUGAUGCAGAUCAGCCAUUAGACAGCCAAGUUGGUACUCUACGAUUCUUACAUGAACGCUGCAACAUUCCGGCCCCAAAGGUCAUUAGCUUCGACCACACAGACAACAAUGAGCUCAAUUCUAGAUACAUGAUCCAGAAUCGCAUCCCGGGAGAAACCCUGCUAUCAUCUUAUCCAAACCUUACCCAUGAAGAGCGAUGCAGGGUCGCACGGGAACUUGGUCAUGUUUAUUCCGAAUUAUUAGCCACCAAGAGUGCAACGUCCACUAUUUUGGUGCCACCUGAAGAAGAAGAUAUUCGAGAUCCUCCUAUACCCCAAGAUAUCCGUAAGAUGCUUUUCGAUAUCUUCGAGGGUCAGAAGGCUGCCGAGUUAGAAGCCCGGCCAGAUUCCAUCAUCAGACCCGAACUUCUUGACCAAUUCUGCGAGAUGACCUCUGAUUUGGCCGAAGAGGGUUGGUUUGAGGACUGCCAGAUCUCUUUAGCACACUUAGACAUGGAGCCGCGUAACAUACUGGUGAAUCCGACGUCUGAUACUGAGCUACCGAUCAUCUCUGCAGUUCUAGACUGGGACAGCGCCAUCUUCGCUCCUCAAUUCAUGUGCUGCACGCCUCCACUCUGGCUAUGGGCGUGGUCAGAUUACGAAGAGGAGGACGAGCGCACAGCAAAUGACAUACCACCCACACGGGAAGGACGCCAGCUGAAACAGCUCUUUGAGCAAGCAGCUGGUCCAAGAUAUAUUCGGCUUGCUUAUCUACCAGUUUAUCGGUUUGCGAGACAGCUUGUUCGCUUCGCCGUCCAGGGCUUACUGUCCAAUGAAGACUACAAUGAAGCCAGAGAAAUGCUACGAGAGUGGGAGGACUUUUUCUACGAAACUUGUUCUGAUGAAUCAAGCAAUAAUUCCGACAGUGAGGAGGACGAAAAUUCAGACGCAGAAAAUGAGGGCACUGCUGAGCAGGAUGGGACGAUUAUCACCAAGGCAGCCGAGAUUUACACUACUAUACAAGACUAUAGUACUACUACUUGGUCUGCUGAGGACGCCACUAUACGGCAGGAUGAAAGUACUACUGCUUGGCAAUAGCAGAAUAUUCCAAUCUGUUAAUUCAAGCACUCUUGUUUAGGAAAAUGAAUAUCUGGCAGUGUAGGAUGAGAGCAUUACUGGACUGGGAAUAUGGCGAUCCACCAAUGUGGAUGGUGAUGUAUCCAUAGAAGUUGUAAUUUAGUGAUCCGAAAAUCCAAACAAUGCAGACGGAUAUACACCCCUAA